UCAUUCAUAAAUUUCCUGCUGCGCGAGGUGGUCCGUCGUCAUUCGUCGUCCUUGCGAAAAUAAUACCUACUUGCGUUGUUGGUGCAUUGUGUCGUGGAACGAAAACGCAAAGGAAAAGCGCUAGUUCAGUUGGAAAAAAGGAUAUUUUCCUCGGAUGACAAAAUCGGAUUAGUUUGUGCGAUUAGUUGGUUUUGUUUGCAUACAAAAGGAGACAUACACACACACGUACAUUCAGGAUAACUGUGCAGUGCACACGGUCGAGUCUCGGCGGUCGUAAGCUGCAGUAGCACAGAUGAUCGACGGUGAACCGAAAGCAAGAUGACGUCCAACUAUGCCGUGAGCCUGACGGAUUUCCAGGCCAAGCUGAUCUCCGUGGAAGGCGUCAAGCUGGAGGAGUACAAUGAUCGCAAUACGAUCGACAUCGAAGCAGGCAUGACACUGAAGAUCGUGGAACGAAUAUCCGGGAGGUAUGCCGCGAUCCAGAUACUGGACUAUUACAAUCCGGACCAUAAGGCGCACGAAAGUCACCUGUUUCAGUGUCUGCAAACCCAGCUGCAGCCCGUCCCGGAUGACCUGUGGAUGUACGUCGUUGCCAUACUCGAUCCCCAGGAGCGGCUGAACUUUGCGAAGCACCCGAAACGAAUGCUACAAGCAAAGCAGCUGGAUGUAUCCAAAAUAGUUAAGGUGUCUGGCCGACCAUUCGGGAAGACGGGAGAAUUUUUCGACUGCAUCAUCCGCUAUAUUGGACCCGUGCGGGAGAUUGGCCCUGGCCACUACAUUGGGCUGGAACUGUUGAGCUUUACGUUUGGUGAGUCGCCCCAGAAGGAUGAUCUAUCGUUCGUGUCCAAUUAUAUGAAAAUUGAGCCCAAAUUGGCUCUGAUCCUCGCUGUUAACUGGCUUGAUCUGGACGAGUACGAGCUGCCCAACACCAGCAAACAAUCGAAGAAAAACUUUGUGAGUGAUUUACUCUGUGGCGCAAAGGAAAAAAUCAAACGCAACGGAAAACGUUUUACGGAUCUAACGAAAAGCUACAGCGAUCACCGCGAAGACUCCGUCGCCAGAUCCUUUACGCCAGAUCCGGUGGGGCCCAAUCGCAACUCGGGAGAUUUCUCCAGCUGCUUCGACGCGACACACGCGAUGGAAACCAGAAACCAGAAGCGAAUUGCCGCCUCGGUUUCGAGCCCAAAUUUGUCCAAGCAGGACAGCAGCAGCAGCACCGGCAGUUCCAGUCGGAUAACCAACAAUUUGAACGUAGUGAUGGAUCCCGACCUCCGGUACAUCGACAGCCAAACCGAGGACAGCUACCGCUCGGGCAGAAGCUCCCAGAACAGCUCCAACAACAGUACCCUAAAGCAUUCCAAAACUCGCAGAAAGUCCCCCAAAGCGAGCACAUUCCGCCUUGAUGACCGGGACAUUGUCAUCAUAGAUACAACCGACAUCAAGGAAGCGACCAGUAACGAAAGCGCUGUGAUAAUCGUGGAUCCGCCGGCCAUCGUGCCCGAGCCGGACACCACCGACGUCGAUCUCAAAGAUGUGUUGGGCAGCAAUUGGCCCGCAGCGGCCGGCGGAACGGCCAGCAUCUUGAACACGGAAAACAAGAAGACGCAAACCCGGCCCAGCAGCUAUGCGGCUGCGGUAGCUACGAACGGUGGCGGUGGCGGUGGCUACAGCAGCAGUAGCAGCACCAGCACCAGCAGCAACCGGAUGCCGGGCAAGUUCGAGCGGAACAAGUCGCCGAAUCCGCUGAGCCACCUGGCCAGUUCGAAGCCGGGCACGAUAAGCUACAGGAAGGAACAGAGGAUGAUGCAGGACGCGGCGACGAUGGCAACAGAUCCAACCGACACCUCGUCGCUCAUCACAUUCGACAAUGGCAACGGCUCUGUGCUACCUCCACCGCCGCCGCACGGGCCAUCUCCGUCCGAUCCGGAAGCGGUCAUUCAGCCGUCGCCGCUGAAGGAGCUGCCGGACAACGCGCUGCUCGAGGUGGGCUCGAUGGUCGAGGUGGACGUCGAGCAUGCCGAGCUGUACGGCGUCAUCCGCUGGAUCGGGCCGCUGCACAUCCCGGGCACGAUCAGCAGCAGCAACACGCGCGUCAUGGUCGGCAUCGAGCUGGAGGAGGAACCGAUGGAGGGCAGCGUGGAGAUCACGGACGGGGUUUACGACAAUGUUAGGUUGUACAAAUGUCCGGCGCACCGUGGCAUCUUUGUGUAUCCGGCUCAGUGUAAUCAGGACCGACGCUUCCAGGACGUGCUGCCGUCGGCGAACCAGAUCCCGCCGAAGGUGGUGGCUUCGUCGUCCAAGUCCGAAGCCGGGCAGAUGUUUGGCGCGAAGGAUUGCCCCAUCGUGGUCGGAUCGGUGGCUCCGCUGAAUAUUCUAAAACCAGACGAUUUGGACGCCAUUUGUGGCAAGUUCAAAGGAAUACAAGGACACCACAACUCUUGCUAUUUGGACGCCACGCUGUUUUCCAUGUUUACCUUUACGAGUGUAUUUGACUCGUUGCUGUUUCGUCCGAGGGAACCGGAGGACAACUCCCAAUACGAGGAGGUUCAGCGUGUUCUACGCGAAGAAAUCGUAAAUCCACUACGGGCGAACCACUUUGUGCGAGCGGAUCGCGUUAUGAAGCUACGCCAGCUGCUGGAUCGGCUGAGUUCGGUCACCGGGCUAACCAGCGAAGAGAAGGACCCGGAAGAGUUCCUGAACAGCUUGUUGGCGCAAAUUUUGCGGGCAGAUCCCUUUCUGAAGCUAAGUUCCGGCCUAGAUACGUUCUACUAUCAACUUUUCGUGGAGAAAGAUGACCAGCUGAAGCUACCUUCGGUGCAGCAGCUGUUUGAGCAGAGCUUCCUCACGUCCAACAUCAAGCUCAAGGAGGUUCCGUCCUGUUUGAUCAUCCAGAUGCCACGCUUCGGCAAGAACUUCAAGAUGUACCCCAGGAUAUUGCCGUCGCAGGUCCUGGACGUAACGGACAUCAUCGAGGACUCCCCCCGCCAGUGUACGGUUUGUGGCUGCCUGGCGGAGCACGAGUGCCGGGACUGCUUCGGCAUGAUGCAGGGCAGCAUCGACGGGCUGGAGAGUACGGCCUUCUGUCGGGUUUGCCUCGAGAAGGCGCACACGCACAACAAGCGCCAAAAUCACACGCCCAGCCCGCUGACGGUGCCGAAGGACUUUAAGAUGAUGGCCGAUCACUGUCCGGUGCCGCGGCUGUUUAUGGAGCUGUUUGCGGUCGUGUGCAUCGAAACGUCGCACUACGUGGCGUUCGUGAAGGCGGCCUCCGGCCAGGACGCGCCGUGGGUGUUUUUCGACUCGAUGGCCGAUCGGAAGGGUGAACAAAACGGCUACAACAUACCGGAGAUGAUCCCGGUGCCGGAUCUACCGCAGUGGCUGUCCGAGGACGGUGCCCGCCAGUUGAACGAGAAAGCCAUCAACGACAAAAUGUUACCGGAACACGCCAAACGGUUACUCUGCGACGCGUACAUGUGCAUGUACCAAAGCACCGACGUGAUGAUGUAUCGAUAAAAAAUGGCGGCGAAAAUUGCGAUCAUGUUCCUGUACCUUAAACUGUUUUUUGUCUCAUCCUCCUCUAACGACCUCCUAACUAUUUUGCAAACUUAGGUUUUAAAAACCACCAGCGAAAGCAAAUGCACUUGUUGUAACCACAAUUAUUACUCAUCGGCUGUUUAUGGAACCAAAAUAAUGAAUACGUAGGACGAAUUGCUUUGGAAUAGAAACAACAAAUCAAAAACGUGAUUUUUUCCUGAACACAAACAAAAAAAGAGAAAUAUAUUUAUAUUUACAUCGGCGAGAUGAAAGUCUCGUUCAACCAAACUAAAACACUACAAACUGAAGCAGAGAACUUAAUGCAAUACAUACGAACGACAACCGGAAAGUUCAAAUUUAGCGGAAGUGAGAUCUUACUGUUGUUGUGCAAAGCAAAACACUAAAAGACAAAUCUUUAUCGUUCUUUAGAAAGGGUGGAAUUGUUACUACAAUCAAGUAAAAAAAAAGAGUUGACCUUUCACUUGUAGUUUAGGUGUGGCCAAAAUCUAUAACACUAUAUUAUUGCUUUGUCUGUUUAUCACGCGCGUAAAAAUACUGAAAAAUCCUCACGAGAACAAGUGUAACAGUAGCUUUAAAAGCUUUUGAGGAAUUGUUCGUAAAUUGUAUUGACGAUACUACAAGUACGCACCAAUUUAGGGAUCAUUUCUCAAAACAAAGAAACACACGCACCCACGAAGAAUUAAAAAAAGAAAAUCAGAGCUCGAUAUACAACCGGGCGACCAUUGUCGCAUCAACACAGAGGCUUCACACACUGACGAAAGGGUUUCGAGUUUCUUGCUAGAAGGAAAUAUUUACCACCUUCCUCACCGUACACACACAACAAGCAACAACAGCGCCGUGUGACAAGUUUGCGUUUGAUUAAUAACUACUUAAAAACAGAAAGAGAGUAUUCAAAAUACCAACCGAGAGAAAAAAUAACUGCAAAAAUACAGCGAAUGUUACGUCCUUCCGCAUGUGACGGGAAGGUUAAACGAACACCGUACCUAUAAUAACUUAUUGAACAACUUUUUUUUCUGGACAGAGAAACAAAACAUGAAAGAAAGAUGCUUCAAAAGCAGCGCGAAACUAUUUGCAAGCGAAACAAAAAAAAAACGUAGAAAUUGUUUAGAUCCAAUGCAAUAUUACUAUAUAAAAUAGAACAAAAAAAUCACGUCGGUCGAAAUUGGCCGAUUUUCCAAAAAGUAAGAAAUUGAACACCAGAGUUUGGGCGCGGUACCGAGGUGGGUACUGCAGCUUGAUGAGCAACAAAAUUGGGAACUGUUCUCCAGAGUGCUGGAUAUGUUUAAAACCUUGUACCUAGUUGGGAAAUGAAUGAAACUUGGAAAAAUAUA